GACGUGAAGCAAGUCUUCGGCAGGCGUCAACAGCAACAUUGAAAAGGGUAGAGUCAUACGUGCUGCUUCUUUCACAGCAGGAGCGUAUCGCCGCCUAGGGGUGCUUGCCCAUACCCUCUGACAUGGACGAUUCCACAUUACGUAGGAGGUAUUUUGUAUCCAUUCCUGUCCGCUAAGGUGUCCUGCUUCAACUUCAAAGUCGAUUAUCUACCACCUUGUUUUAUUUUACCGUUUGAAUUUAAAUGCGUGCUAAACUUAUUCCAUUCGGUGCAGUUUCGAAGAUCACGUCUCGCCUAGAGAAAUCAGUAACACCCCCUUAUUUUGCCACAUUCAAGUUCAUCACUCUAGGGCGGAAGGGCUGGGGGGAACUUGUGCUGUCAAAGUAACACUAGUGGAGACUUGUGGAGUUCUGAAUAUUCUCGGCAGCAUAUAUAUAUAUAUAUAUAUUAAAGAAAAGCGUGUGUGAAGCAAGCUCCGAUGAUGGAGGGUCAACGAUGGCUGCCGCUGGAAGCGAACCCCGACGUGAUGAACCAAUUUCUCAAAAAUGUAGGUUUACGUCCCACUUGGCAGUUUGGAGACGUUUAUGGAUUGGACCCUGAACUUCUGUCCAUGGUGCCAAAGCCUGUUUGCGCAGUUUUGCUUCUUUUCCCAGUAACAGAAAAGUAUGAAUCUUAUAGACAAGAAGAAGAAUCAAAAAUAAACUCUCAAGGACAAGAAAUUAGUUCACAGGUCUAUUUCAUGAAGCAAACAAUAAACCUAAACCAUGCCUGUGGAACAGUUGGCCUUAUUCAUGCUGUUGCAAACAACCAAGAUAAACUGGAAUUUGAAUCUACCUCAGCACUGAAAAAAUUUCUGAACGAAUCUAGAUCUAUGUCACCUGAAGAAAAAGCUAGCUAUCUUGAAAAAAAUGAGAGCAUUCACGUUACUCAUGAAUGUAGUGCACAAGAAGGACAGACUAAAGCACCAAGUGUAGAUGAAAAAGUAGACCUUCGUUUCAUUGCAAUUGUAAAUGUGAGUGGAUGCUUAUAUGAAUUAGAUGGAAGUAGACCAUUCCCAAUAGUUCAUGGAAAUACCACUGAAGAUACAUUUUUGCAGGAUGCUGCUGAAGUAUGCAAGAAGUUUAUGGCUCGUGACCCUGAAGAGCUAAGAUUUACUGUUGUGGCUUUUUCCAAAGUAUAAUGCUCCUGCUGUAACAGAGCAAUUUCAAAAACACUUAAAGUGCUGCCAAGUGUUCUUAGAUGCUGACAGUUUUCGAAUAACAUGUUUACAAAUAUCAGGUUUGAUUUAAAAGGACACAUUUUGAUAAAUAUGUCCAAACCAAAAACAUUUCUUUAAAACAAUAAGAAUAUUAUUGAAGCAAAUAUAUGAAUUUCCUAGUUAUAAAGCCAUGACAUGAUUAGAAUAAUAAUGUAGGGUAAAAAUGUGUCAACUAAUAUUUUACAUUUUGGUUAUAUGCAAUGUUCUCCAUCCCAAUAAAAUGAAAUUUAACAAUGUUAAUAUUGAUUUAUUCUAUUGAUUUAUUCAUUUAGCCCGGUGUACUUCCACCAUUUCAUACAUGUAAUGGAAAUUUGCAGUGUAUAUUCCAUAUAUGCAGCUUUGAUGCUUCAAAAAUAAACUGAUUUAAGGUUUUUA